AUAUAUGCAUACCCUCCCUCCCCUUUGACCACUCUACUUUAGCUUCUCGACUCACCAGCACUUUGUCUGCACUGAACGCGAACGCAAACGCAAACUCGUUAUUUCAAUCUGGGAGACCUUUACACAUAGAAGCUCAAGCAGCGCAGAGCGCAUCUAGGUUUCCUUCACAAAUAUGAAUAUGAAGCCCUCGAAAUACGAUCCGGAAAUCGAAGCUGUCGAGCUGGGCGGCAUGCAGAAUCGAGCUGCGGCGCACCGCUCCAAUAGCAGUAGCGACAAUAAGGACCGGGAUGAUCUGAUACGACUGGGCAAGAAACCAGUUCUUAAAGUUCGUUAUUUUCGUGUUCCAUGAAUAUACUCCGUGUAUAUAUAGGGCAGUGGCUUGGCAAACACAGCCAGCUGUGGGUCACGAGAGUUUCCUUCGAAUAUGUGCUGACUUUUUUUCACAGCGGAAUUUUGCUUUCAUGUCCAUUCUCGGUUUUAGCUGUACCAUUCUGAUUACCUGGGAAGGAAGCUUAACGGUGUUCAUAAGCGGACUUCAGAAUGGCGGGCCGGCGGGAAUUAUUUAUGGGUUUCUUUUGAUCUGGGUUGGGAAUCUGUCUGUUUUUUCUACUCUGUCUGAGCUCGUUUCUAUGGCUCCUACUUCCGGCGGCCAGUAUCAUUGGGUAUCUAUGCUUGCUCCUCCGUGGUGCUGUAAAUUUCUGAGUUAUAUCACCGGCUGGUUGACCGUCACCGGUUGGCAAGGUGUGGUUGCUUCGGGCGGUUACCUUACUGGUACUCUGAUUCAGGGAUUGAUUGUGUUGACUGUGCCUUCUUACGCUGCAUCUGAGACGGCAUGGCAGGGAACUUUGUUAUACUGGGCGGCGAUUUUCUUUGCCGUCUUCAUCAAUACGGUUGUUAGUAGUUCACUGCCGAAGUUUGAAGGCUUAAUCCUUGUGUUGCACAUUUUGGGUUUUUUUGGUAUCCUGGUCCCCUUGGUUAUUCUCGCACCGCAUGAUACCGCAGAAAAUGUGUUUAAUGGUUGGCUUAAUGGCGGUGGCUGGCCCACUCAGGGAGUGUCAUUCUUUGUUGGACUUAUUGGGAAUGUCUUUGCAUUUGUUGGUAAGCUUUCUAAACUUCUCAAUUUUCCAUGUAAAUCGCUAAUAUAUUGACAGGUGCCGAUGGAGCAUUUCACGUAAGUUUUCCAUUAAAAUAAGCACAAGAUAGUGCUCCGCAAGAUUAUAAAACUAAUAAACCCCCCAGAUGUCGGAAGAAAUCCGCAAUCCCUCUCUAGUAGUACCAAGAUCCAUCAUCCUGAGCGUCAUCUUAAAUGGAAGUCUGGGAUUCGCAAUGAUAAUCGCACUUUUGUUCUGUCUUGGAGAUAUCGACAAUGCUCUAUCCACCGACACCGGAUAUCCAUUUAUCGAGAUUUUUCACCAAGCAACCAGAUCCACCAGCGGAACAGCAGCUAUGGCUUCGAUAGUUACCAUUUUAACUCUUUGCGCUACGGUCGGUAGUCUGGCCUCUACUUCUCGUAUGCUUUGGUCUUUUGCUAGAGAUCACGGUGUACCUGGUUGGAGAACCCUUCAAAAGGUGCGUGCGCUCUCCCUCUACUUCCAUUAAAUACCACACUAACACGGCUCCUUUUAUUAAUUUAGGUCGAUAGCCGUACCACCAUUCCUCUCUGGUCCAUUGCGGUUACUACCGUCAUCUCAUGUCUACUUGCAUUGAUCAAUAUUGGAUCCGCAACAGUUUUCAAUGACGUAGUAUCUCUAUCUGUAGCGGGACUCUACAGCUCAUACCUCAUCUGCGCUGUUCUUCUACUAUACCGACGACUUACGGGAGGUUUCCAAAAGCUUGAUGAGAAUUCCGAAGAACCCGUUUUGGUAAAUACAGCUGGUGCUCAAUUAAUCUGGGGUACGUCGUAUCUCCUAUCUCCUAUCUUCUAUCUUCUAUCUUCUAUCUUCUAUCUUCUAUCGCCUAUCUCCUAUCUCCUAUCUCAUCUCAUCUCUCCCUCUGUUCUAUUCCGGAACUAACUCGAACCGAACUAAUAGGACCAUGGCACAUACCCGGUUUAUUCGGCAUCAUCAACAAUUUCUUCGCAGUGAUCUAUUUAAUCACCAUUCUCUUCUUUAGCUUUUGGCCCCCAGCUUUACCCGUUACGCCGGCAAACAUGAAUUAUAGUUCUCUUGUUACGGGUGCCGUUAUGAUUUUUUGUAUAUUAUAUUAUGUUACGUUUGGGAAGGUUGAGUGGAAGGGACCGGUUGUUGAGGUGCAGUUGUAAUUUGCUGGAUCAAGUCUUUUGGCACGAUUUAUCUUUUCGCCGUUUAUGCUCGGGCUUGAGAAGAUUGAUGUAAUUAUGAGUGUACGUAUGAUAUGUUAAAUGAAUAGAGAUUUUUGUAACCUAUUUGAGUUUUAUAGGGGAAAUUUUGAGUUGGGUAAAUAUGUGAGGUGGUAAAUACAUUGGUGUCUCAAGAUAUUUUUCUAAAACUCAAGUGACAGAGAAUUUUGUUGAACCUCUGUCAGUCAGGAUCGUUGACUCUGGAGAGAAGUUAAACUAUCGCACCA